AUGGAUACAUCCAGCACUCCAGCGAAUCAGCCAGCUCCUCAGCAUCAUUCCAACCUGAUACGAGCGGAGCAAGUCGGGAAGCUGCCUCAUCUGGACCAGAAGCAGAAGCUGGACUACACUGCUGUCGUGCGCAACCUCUGGGAUAUGCUGAAUGGCCGUGACCCUCAGAGUCCAGAGUAUCAAAAUGCGCUUGUGAGACUGAACCAUAUUUCUCAGACUCUCAUGAAAGGAAUGCGGGUAUUCCAGCAGACUCGUCAACAGACCCAGGCGGCAGGUCAAAACCAACAGGGUCAGUCGGGCCAACGGCCGCAAGCUCUCAAUCCGCAGAAUUUUACCCAACUCCUCCCGCAAAUCCAACAGAAGAUCAACAGCAUUCAGCUCCUUCCCCCUCUGAACCUCGCCCCGGAACAAGUGCCGCAAUGGCAAGCUGAAGCAAGACUGCGUUAUGGAAUCGCACUCCAGAAGCAUGAGGUUGGUCGAGCUCGUCUCGCUGAGCUGCGCCAGCAGUUUUCCCAGCGACAGAGUGCAGGAAACAUGAGUAGGGAGGAGGUACAGGAGUUCAAAAAUCGGCAGUUGGUGGCUGAAAAAAUUCUCCGCGAGGGUAAUGAAUUCUUGACCAGAUUCAAGGACCAACAGGAGAAUGUCAAGGCUCAACGAGCUCAGCAGCUUGGCCAGACGGCGGUGCAAGAUACCUCAGGUCAAGCACAACCUCAAACGGCACAUCCCGAUCAGGCCCCAGUUGCUACAACAGCUCCUAGCGGAGAGAACCGCCCAGCAAGCGUUUCAGCCCAAGUGCUUCCUGGACAGGUCACAGCACCCGCGCCCCAUACCAUCAAUUCUGCUGUCACUGCGGCGAGAAACCAAGCGGGUCAAGUAUCAGCGUCCCCCGUGACUUCCCAACCCAGUCAGACUCCCACCGCGCAAGUCCCAGCUGCAAUUUCUGCCCCUCCUCCUCCCCCUUCACAGCAACAGCAACAGCAGCAUCCCCAGCCCUCUCAACCUCAGACUCAGCAACAGCGACCGCAGGGUAUGCAAGGCAUCCAGGGCGUCCAGGGCGGGUUCGCUCAAACCACGAAUCCAACCGUCUCCGCGUCAACCACGACUGCACCCACUGCAGGUGCACCGCUGCCUCCCAUCCAACCCCCGCAUCAACAGGAACAACCGCGUCCCUUGUCUCAUCAAGCAGCCAUGCAGCAAGCUGCCCAGAACUACGCAAACAACGUGAAUCAGCAGAACAUGCCCCAGGCAGCUGUCAAUCCCCACGCGCAUCCUCAUGGCUACAUUCCCAACCGUAACACUGAGAAUUCGACUCGCAACACUAACAUGCCCAUCCCGAAAAACCUGAACGUGUCGGCACCAGAGCCCAUUCCGAUGGCGCCUGCGAGGCCAACUUUGUCAGGUGGACCCAGCCAUGGUGCCAUGGGAAUGAUGGGUCAGCCUGCUAUCCAGAAGCACCCUGGUUACGUCCUCGAAGGCGAAGGCCAGCGCGUCCUCAGUAAGAAAAUGCUUGAUACCUUGGUCCGCCAGGUCACUAGAGGUGGCGAAGGUGAGGGACUCACUCCUGACGCGGAAGAGUUCAUUCUCCAAAUGGCUGAUGACUUCGUCGAUGACGUUGUCACCGCUGCGUGCCGCCUUGCCAAACUCCGACCCUCGUCCACUCUCGAACUCCGUGAUAUCCAGCUCGUCCUGGAACGUAACUAUAACAUGCGCAUCUCAGGGUUUGGUACUGAUGACCUUCGCACCGUCAAGAAACCCCAGCCAACUCAAGGCUGGACCCAGAAGAUGUCUGCCAUCCAGGCUGCGAAAGUCACCCAGGGAAGGGCUGAAUAA